CGCAUGCGUGAAGGAAUCCGGUCGGCCCGCAGCUGACACCUCUCGCCUGUGUCAGCAAAAAGCAGGCGGAUCGUAGCAGGCCGGCAACGUAGUGAGCGGCCCGGGAGAGGGGAACCAACCGACGGGGGCAUGGACGGCUGGGCGAUGUGGACGGUGCUGGGCGCCUUUUGCUUGCAGUGCGGGCUCGGAGCGGAUGACAUGGUGGUGGGAUGCGGGGGGUUCGUGAAGUCGGACGUGGACAUCAACUAUUCGCUGAUCGAGAUAAAGUUAUACACCAAGCAAGGCACGCUGAAAUACCAGACCGACUGCGCUCCUAAUAACGGAUACUUCAUGAUUCCUCUGUAUGAUAAGGGGGAUUUUGUGCUGAAGAUUGAGCCGCCCCUAGGGUGGAGUUUUGAGCCAACCAGCGUCCCUCUUCACGUGGAUGGAGUGAACGACAUCUGUACAAAAGGGGAAGAUGUCAAUUUUGUAUUUACUGGGUUUUCAGUCAGUGGGAAGGUGCUUAGCCGGAACCAGAAUUUGGGUCCAGGUGGAGUUCAUGUCACCAUGCGAAGAGCAGGGAGUGGAGGCAGCUUUCAGACAACGGUUACUCAACCUGGCGGGAAGUUUUCCUUCAAUAAAGUGCUUCCAGGAGAUUAUGAGAUCAUUGCAUCCCACCCCACUUGGACCUUAAAAGAGGCAGCAGCAAUGGUACAAGUGAAAAAUUCCAAUGCCCAAAUAGCAAGCCCGCUUGUUGUCGCUGGCUAUGAUGUGUCUGGUGCCGUUCGUAGCGAUGGCGAACCAAUGAAAGGCGUCAUGUUUCUGCUGUUCUCAUCAUCUAUCAGCCGAGAGGAUAUUUUAGGCUGCAAUCUGUCACCCGUUGAGGGCUUUCAAGGAAAAGAUGAGUCUGUUUCAUACCUGUGUCACGCCACCUCUAAAGACGAUGGAUCCUUUACUUUCUUGUCACUGCCAAGCGGGGAUUACAGCGUGAUCCCAUUUUACAGGGGGGAGAGGAUUACAUUUGACGUUGCACCAUCCAGGAUGGAUUUCACUGUAGUACACGACAGCCUUAAGUUACAGCCGAUCUUUCACGUCAUGGGAUUUUCUGUCACAGGACGUGUGUUGAAUGGGCCAGAUGGUGAAGGUGUGGCGGAUGCUGUGGUUACACUUAACAACCAGAUGAAUGUUAUGACCAAUGCUGAUGGAUCCUUCCGUCUGGAGAACAUGACUGCGGGUACAUACAGCAUUGAUGCGCGGAAGGAACAUGUAUUCUUUGAUACGCUCACGGUGAAGAUUGCGCCAAACACGCCACAGCUUGCUGAUAUUGUGGCAGCGAGAUUCAGUGUGUGCGGAGAUAUUUCUAUCACACAUUUUCCUGAAAGUAUGAAGACGAUGAGUAAAUAUAAAGUCACGCUGACAUCGCAAGACAAAGACAGGAUGUCAGUCCUGACAACGGAGUCCGACUCUCAUGGAGCCUUCUGCUUCCAGGCUAGAAGAGGAUCGUACAAUAUACAGGUCUCCAUUCCAGAACCUGAGGCUAAAGCCGGACUGGCAUUAAAACCAUAUGUGUUCCCUGUGACUGUGACAGACAAACCUGUGAUGGAUGUGUCGUUCUCCCAAUUUGUGGCUUCUGUUUCGGGCAAAGUAUCUUGUCUCGAUGCUUGUGGGGAUCUGACUGUGACAUUGCAGUCAGUGAGCCGGCACAGAGAGAAGCGUUCUGUCCAGGUCUCCAGCAAAUCAGAAGGGGUGACUUUCACUUUUGAGGAUGUCUUACCCGGCAAAUAUAAAGCGAGUAUCAUUCAGGAAGACUGGUGCUGGAAGAAUAAGUCUCUGGAGUUUGAGGUUACAGAGGAUGACGUUGUUGGCAUUGAGUUCAGGCAGACUGGUUACAUGCUCAGAUGUUCCCUCUCCCAUGGCAUAACUCUGGAAUUUUACCAAGAUGGAAAUGCCCCAGAGCAUGUUGGUGUGUAUAAUCUAACAAAAGGAGUAAAUAGAUUCUGCCUAUCAAAACCAGGUGUUUACAAGGUCACCCCGCGGUCCUGCCAUCGGUUUGAACACGCUUAUUACACAUAUGAUACGUCCUCGCCUAGUAUCCUUACCCUUACUGCAGUCCGACAUCAUGUCCUCGGAGCCAUAACAGCCGAUAAACUAAUGGAUGUGACCGUCACCAUUAAAUCUUCCAUAGACACUGAACCAGCCCUGGUCUUGGGACCUCUGAAAUCCAUUGAGGAGACACGGAGAGAGCAGCAGCUGGCUGAGAUUCAGGCUCGUAGGUUGGAGAGAGAGAAAUCCGGUGCAGAGGAGGCGGACGUCCAACCGCCAACCCAGGAGGUUGUAGAGGAGCUCCGGGGGCCCUUUACAUAUGAGUUCUCCUACUGGGCAAGAUCGGGCGAGAAGAUCACAGUGACCCCUUCAUCUAAAGAACUUCUCUUCUACCCCCCCUCUGUGGAGACUGUCGUCAGUGGAGAAAGCUGCCCAGGAAAGCUGAUUGAAAUUCAUGGCAAAGCUGGCUUGUUUCUGGAGGGACAGAUACACCCGGAGUUAGAGGGAGUUGAGAUUGUAAUCAGUGAAAAAGGAGCCGCUUCCCCUCUCAUUACCGUUUUUACUGAUGAUAAAGGUUCAUACAGUGUGGGACCCCUACACAGUGACCUGGAGUACACCAUUUCUGCUCAGAAGGAAGGCUUCGUGCUGACUGCUGUAGAUGGGACCGUCGGAGACUUCAAUGCUUUCGCCCUUGCAGGUGUUACAUUUGAGAUCCGGUCAGAAGAUGAGCAGCCCCUGGCUGGAGUUCUCUUGUCACUCAGUGGUGGAAUGUUCCGCUCCAAUCUCCUCACCCAAGACAACGGGAUGUUAACCUUCUCCAACCUGAGCCCUGGUCAGUAUUAUUUUAAACCCAUGAUGAAGGAGUUUCGUUUUGAACCUUCCUCUCAGAUGAUAGAGGCACAAGAAGGGCAGAAUUUGAAGAUUAAAAUCAUUGGCUAUCGGACGGCAUACAGCUGUUAUGGAACGGUGUCCUCUCUGAAUGGUGAACCGGAGCAGGGAGUGUCUGUGGAAGCGAUGGGCCAAAACGACUGCUCGAUAUUUGGUGAAGACACGGUCACGGAUGAGGAGGGCAAAUUCAGGCUUCGAGGGUUAAGGCCGGGAUGUGUCUACCAUGUUCAGUUGAAGGAGGAAGGCAAUGACCAUAUUGAACGUGCUUUGCCUUCAUAUCGGGCCAUACAGGUUGGAAGUAGUGAUAUAGAAGAUGUGAACAUUAUUGCUUUCCGUCAAAUCAACCAAUUUGAUCUGAGUGGAAAUGUAAUGACGUCACCCGAACACCUCUCUACUCUUCUGGUAAAGCUGUAUAAAAGUGAAAAUCUGGACAACCCAAUACAGUCGGUGUCUCUAGGACAAUCCCUUUUUUUCCAUUUCCCUCCCCUACUCAGAGAUGGCGAGACCUAUGUUGUACAGCUGGGCUCUACUCUGCCUAAAUCUCAGUAUGACUACAGCCUGCCCCAGUUUUCGUUUAGCACACACGGCUACCAUAAACACCUCACCUUCACCUUCUAUCCUACGAGAAAGUUACCUGAACAAGAUGUCGUCCAGGGCUCCUACCUGGCGCUGCCUCUCACCUUACUGCUGCUGUUGGCCGGUUACAAGUACGAUAAGUUGGUUCCCCUGCUGCUGCAGCUGACAAGCCGCCUGCAAGGAGUUCGUGCUCUUGGACAGACAGGAGCUGACACUGCCAACCCAGAGGAUGCAAAAAGACUUCAAAAAAGACCAAAGACACGAAGGACGUGAAGAAGCGGUACCGUGGUGUGAAGUGACAAAGUCAUGCUCCAGACCCUUGGGGACAUGUUAUGGAAACUCCUUGGCUUGAAAGAAAUUCCAGACUUCAAAUAACAGUCUCUCGGCACUACAUGACCCCCCCCCCCCCCUCCUCCUUUUUAAAUGUAACUUGUUUUGUACAUUGUGGAUGUAUAUAAGCAGAUCUUGGAACAUGAUUUAACUUGGAAUUGAAGAAAUUUGACCACUUAUUUUGUAAUUUUUUCCACUGGAGAUAACUUAUUUUUUAUCAUAAAUGAAAUACCUGGUGGCCGGCGACUUAUACAUGAAGCAAAGUAAUUUCGUCUUUGCAAAUGGUUUCCCAAGGAAGCUUAAAUAAAGAGUAACAUGGUUUCCCCUUUCUA